GGGGGCGCUGCACCGGCCGGGGCCGGCCUAGGCGGCGGGAGGCGGCGGCCGCGGCCGCGGGAGGCGGGCGGAGGAGGCGGAGGAGGCGGGAGCUGAGCUGAGCGGGGCGGGCGGCGGCGGCGGGCCCGAGCCCGAGAAGAUGGCGGUGCGGAAGAAGGACGGCGGCCCCAACGUGAAGUACUACGAGGCCGCGGACACAGUGACCCAGUUCGACAACGUGCGGCUCUGGCUCGGCAAGAACUACAAGAAGUAUAUACAAGCUGAACCACCCACCAACAAGUCCCUGUCUAGCCUGGUUGUACAGUUGCUACAAUUUCAGGAAGAAGUUUUUGGCAAACAUGUCAGCAAUGCACCGCUCACUAAACUGCCGAUCAAAUGUUUCCUAGAUUUCAAAGCAGGAGGCUCUCUGUGCCACAUACUUGCAGCUGCCUACAAAUUCAAGAGUGACCAGGGAUGGCGGCGUUACGACUUCCAGAAUCCAUCACGCAUGGACCGCAAUGUGGAAAUGUUCAUGACCAUUGAGAAGUCCUUGGUUCAGAAUAAUUGCCUGUCUCGACCAAACAUUUUUCUGUGCCCAGAAAUUGAACCCAAACUGCUAGGCAAACUAAAGGACAUUAUCAAGAGACACCAGGGAACGGUCACUGAAGAUAAGAACAAUGCUUCCCAUGUUGUGUAUCCUGUCCCAGGGAACCUGGAAGAAGAGGAAUGGGUACGACCCGUCAUGAAGAGGGAUAAGCAGGUUCUUCUGCACUGGGGCUAUUACCCGGACAGUUAUGACACGUGGAUCCCAGCCAGUGAAAUCGAAGCUUCUGUGGAAGAUGCUCCAACUCCUGAGAAACCCAGGAAGGUUCACACAAAGUGGAUCCUGGACACAGACACCUUCAAUGAAUGGAUGAAUGAGGAAGACUAUGAAGUAAAUGACGACAAAGCCCCUGUCUCUCGCCGAAAGAAGAUUUCAGCCAAGACAUUGACAGAUGAGGUGAACAGCCCCGAUUCAGAUCGACGGGACAAAAAGGGGGGGAACUAUAAGAAGAGGAAGCGCUCCCCCUCUCCUUCACCAACCCCAGAAGCUAAGAAGAAAAAUGCUAAAAAAGGGCCCUCAACACCUUACACGAAGUCCAAGCGUGGCCACAGAGAAGAGGAGCAAGAAGACCUAACAAAGGACAUGGAUGAGCCCUCACCGGUCCCCAACGUAGAAGAGGUGACAUUGCCUAAAACAGUCAACACUAAGAAGGACUCGGAGUCAGCCCCAGUCAAAGGAGGCACCAUGACCGACUUGGAUGAACAGGAGGAUGAAAGCAUGGAGACCACGGGCAAGGAUGAGGAUGAGAACAGUACGGGGAACAAGGGGGAGCAGACCAAGAACCCGGACCUGCACGAGGACAACGUGACGGAGCAGACCCACCACAUCAUCAUUCCCAGCUACGCAGCCUGGUUUGACUACAAUAGUGUUCAUGCCAUUGAGCGGAGGGCUCUCCCAGAGUUCUUCAACGGCAAGAACAAGUCCAAGACUCCAGAAAUCUACCUGGCCUAUCGCAACUUCAUGAUUGACACCUACCGCCUGAACCCCCAAGAGUAUCUCACCUCCACCGCCUGCCGCAGGAACCUGGCAGGCGACGUCUGCGCCAUCAUGAGGGUCCAUGCCUUCCUAGAACAGUGGGGUCUCAUUAACUACCAGGUGGACGCUGAGAGUCGACCAACCCCAAUGGGGCCUCCACCCACUUCUCACUUCCACGUCUUGGCGGACACGCCCUCGGGGCUAGUGCCUCUGCAGCCCAAGACCCCACAGGGCCGCCAGGUUGAUGCUGACACCAAGGCUGGGCGCAAGGGCAAAGAGCUGGACGACCUGGUGCCAGAGACCGCUAAGGGCAAGCCAGAGCUGCAGACCUCUGCUUCCCAACAAAUGCUCAGCUUCCCUGACAAAGGCAAAGAGAAACCAACAGACAUGCAGAACUUCGGGCUACGCACAGACAUGUACACAAAGAAGAACGUCCCCUCCAAGAGCAAAGCUGCGGCCAGUGCCACUCGAGAGUGGACGGAACAGGAGACCCUGCUACUCCUGGAGGCACUGGAAAUGUACAAAGACGACUGGAACAAGGUAUCAGAGCACGUGGGGAGCCGCACGCAGGACGAGUGCAUCUUGCAUUUUCUCCGUCUCCCCAUCGAAGACCCGUACCUGGAAGACUCGGAGGCCUCUCUGGGCCCCCUGGCCUACCAGCCCAUCCCCUUCAGUCAGUCUGGCAACCCUGUGAUGAGCACUGUUGCCUUCCUGGCCUCCGUCGUCGAUCCUCGAGUCGCCUCUGCUGCCGCGAAGUCGGCUCUAGAGGAGUUCUCCAAAAUGAAGGAAGAGGUACCCACCGCCUUGGUGGAAGCCCACGUUCGGAAGGUGGAAGAAGCAGCCAAAGUGACAGGCAAGGCAGACCCUGCCUUCGGUUUGGAAAGUAGCGGUAUUGCCGGAACCACCUCUGAUGAGCCUGAACGGAUCGAGGAGAGCGGGACUGACGAGGCGCGGGCGGAGGGCCAGGCCACAGAGGAGAAGAAGGAGCCCAAGGAACCCCGAGAAGGAGUCGGGGCUGUAGAGGAAGAAGCGAAGGAGAAGACCAGCGAGGCUCCCAAAAAGGAUGAAGAGAAAGGGAAAGAAGGUGACAGUGAGAAGGAGUCAGAAAAGAAUGAUGGGGACCCCAUAGUUGACCCUGAGAAGGAGAAGGAACCGAAGGAGGGACAGGAGGAAGUGCUGAAGGAAGUGGUGGAGUCAGAGGGGGAAAGGAAGACCAAGGUGGAGAGGGACAUCGGUGAGGGCAACCUCUCCACUGCUGCUGCCGCUGCGCUAGCUGCUGCCGCCGUGAAGGCCAAGCACUUGGCUGCCGUUGAGGAGAGGAAGAUCAAGUCUCUGGUGGCCCUGCUGGUGGAGACUCAGAUGAAGAAGCUGGAGAUCAAACUUCGGCACUUUGAGGAGCUGGAGACGAUCAUGGACCGAGAGCGAGAAGCACUGGAGUAUCAGAGGCAGCAGCUCCUGGCCGACAGGCAAGCCUUCCACAUGGAGCAGCUGAAGUAUGCGGAGAUGAGGGCUCGGCAGCAGCACUUCCAACAAAUGCACCAACAGCAGCAGCAGCCACCACCAGCCCUGCCCCCAGGGUCCCAGCCUAUCCCACCUACAGGCGCUGCUGGGCCACCCACAGUCCAUGGCUUGGCUAUGGCUCCGGCCUCUGUGGCCCCUGCCCCUCCUGGCAGUGGGGCCCCUCCUGGAAGCUUGGGCCCCCCUGAACAGAUUGGGCCACAGCAGCAGCAACCAGCCGGAGCCCCGCAGCCAGGGGCAGUCCCACCAGGGGUACCACCCCCUGGACCCCAUGGCCCCUCACCGUUCCCCAACCAACAAACUCCUCCCUCAUUGAUGCCAGGGGCAGUGCCAGGCAGCGGGCACCCAGGCGUGGCGGGUAAUGCUCCUUUGGGUUUGCCUUUUGGCAUGCCGCCUCCUCCUCCUCCUGCUCCAUCCAUCAUCCCAUUUGGUAGUCUAGCCGACUCCAUCAGUAUUAACCUUCCCCCUCCUCCUAACCUGCAUGGGCAUCACCACCAUCUCCCAUUUGCCCCGGGCACUCUCCCCCCACCUAACUUGCCUGUGUCCAUGGCGAACCCUCUACAUCCUAACCUGCCGGCGACCACCACCAUGCCAUCUUCCUUGCCUCUCGGGCCGGGGCUCGGAUCCGCCGCAGCCCAGAGCCCUGCCAUUGUGGCAGCUGUUCAGGGCAACCUCCUGCCCAGUGCCAGCCCACUGCCAGACCCAGGCACCCCCCUGCCUCCAGACCCCACGGCCCCGAGCCCAGGCACUGUCACCCCUGUGCCACCUCCACAGUGAGGAGCCAGCCAGACAUCUCUCUCCCUCAUCCCCCAUGGAGAUCAAGGUUCCAGGAACAGCCCUCCCCCCACCACUGGGACCCUUCCCCCGCCUGGAGAGUUCAUCACUACGUAAGGAAAGCUAUUCCUGCCCCUCCAAAGCCCCAACCAUGCCUGUCAGGGGCGUGCAUUUUUAUAUCGGAUUAUUCAAGGACUUCUGUUCAAAAGAUCUUUCUAAUGUCUGGGAGAGAGGAUAGGAUUGAGGGUGCUGCCCUCAAAGCAAGGGCUGGAGGAAGGUGUUUAUACAAGGUUCUAAUUAACCACUUCUAAGGGUAUACCCCCUCAAAACUACUGCAUUUUUUAUGGAUAGAAAAAAAAAAUUCAGCCCUUUUCAAGGAAAUAGGUUUUUUUUUUUUAAAGUACAUUGGAACUCCCUCCACCCACCAAAAAAAAAAACAAAAAAAAAACACCCCAGCUUUUACAUCUUUUCGGAGGAGGGAGGUGACAUUCUGGAGAGGGCUCUGGGGUUAGGGUAGGGUGCAGAGCCUGGCCCCUGCAGCCCUCAUUAGUGACCGAGUCAGCUCAGAACCCCUUCGGCCACCCCACGCCCGGUUUAUUCCUCCUGCUAAUCUGCUGCUUCCUCAGUGUUGGUGUUUUUAGGCCGCCCCAGCUCAGCCAACAACCCCUCUCCCUCUCAGUGUCUGUUUUGUGUUUUUAAGUCGCCGAUGUAGUUGAUGUCAGUGUAUGUGUAUUUGGUGGGGAAACAUAUUUUGGGGGAUUCCUUUGGUCAGUAAUAGAGGAUGACAGGGCACUUGGGGCUCUUCUUCCUCCCUGGGCUCUAUUGGGCUCCCGGGAGAAACAGAGAGGGCAGCUAGAAGAGAAUGGAACGGUGUAAAAGCCUGAACUUUUAAAAAAGCACUUAAGCACCUCCUUCUUAUGACUCAGUGGAUCAUCCCCAUAACCUCUUCCCUUCUCCACCAAGCCCACCAGAACCUUGACUGGUAGCUAGGGGUUCCUGGGAUUUGGAGACCAUGGGGGUGGGAGUGCCCGACCUAGGGUAGUACUGACCCCCACUUGCAGCUCAGCUCAGCUCCCCAGAUUCCGGUGCCUCCCAGGCCAGCCCUCCCCGCUCAUCCUUGAUGUGAAGGCAGAUGUGAUUCCAGGCUCCGUCAGUCCCUGGCCCCUGCCAGGCCUCUGCUCCUCAUGUGCCCGUGUUUCUUUUCUUCUGCGUCUUGGCACCUUCCUUCUGUUCAAAAGUUUUCUGUAAAUUUUCUCUUCUUUCUUUCUUUUUCUUUUUUAUAAAUUAAUUUGCUUUCAGUUUUA